AUGGCUAGCCACUCUGCGGUGCCCUUUGAGCAUGGCGAUGGAGAUGAUGAUAACCUCCUUCACAGAAAUGGACCAUAUGCAACAAAUCACCGACAUCUCCAAGAAGUACACCGACUUUCAGCCUUCCAGCAGGUGGCCACAAAAGUACCGCCGUCUUAUGACGGUGGAGGCAGUUGGUUCGCCAAUGAAGAUGCGAUCGAUGAUUGGUGUGUUAUGACUGAGUUGGACAAUGACAAGAGAGGACCAGCGAUAUGCAACCUUUGGAAGAGCUGGCCGCUCUUCGUGAAGGGCGCAGCCAAUGUGUUCCCCUACCUUUUCCAGCAGUUCAUGAACUUGCAUCACAAUAAUGGAGACAUGCUUCGUUGGAUUACCUCUGUUCAAGGGAUUCAAAAAGCCUGGAACGACGCGCGUCUCCGAUCACGGACCCCCACAACGCAGAGGUCCGAGCAUUCGUGCAGGACCUCCACCAGAAGAGAUGCGAUGGACAGCCAACGAGAGGCUCAGAGACCAACGUGCGAGGACGAUUCUCCGAUUACGGCCAAUUUCGUUGCCCUCAUCUUUGUCUCACUGUCCGACCUCACGCAGGAUCAGCGACAGGUUUCGACAUCUCUGAUGGCCUAUAGGAACCGCGUGUUGGCAGACUACCGCCUGAACGAGCUUCGUGAGGCAGGCUACCUGGAGGCAAAGGAUCCGGUGGAAGGCGAUGGAUCGUCUCAACUUGCCGGUGCUGCCCAGAGCUGUACAGCUACGGCUGCUGCCGCAACCUUCUCCGUUGACCGCACCAACUUCUCGAACUCUUCUUUCAUGGCCACUGAAGAGAAGGAAGCAUUCAUCGCUCAGCCCCUGACACCGACUUCGAUGGUGUUGGAUUUGGGACGCACAAGGGCGAUGACUUUUCGGCCAUCGGCGCAGGACCUCAUGAAGUUCUGCGAUCAGAACAGGGACUGUGGCAUUUGGUACAACAUCGCUGAGACUACUUCCCUCUGCCAACUCCGAGUCGACCAAGUGCUAGCAGAACGACAGGGAGUACACGGUCCAGUCCACCGAGUUUGA